AUGCCGCGCGCCAAGAAGAAGACCACCGGGCUCGGCCAGUCGCUGAUCCGCCACCGCUUCAACCGUCCCCAGGGGUACGAGAACACCCUGGAAGCCAGGCAGGCAGACCCAGGGUAUGAUGAUUUUGCUGGCGCCCGGCCCCCGGGCCUGGAAUCUGUGAUCGAGCGCAAUGAUUUGGACGAGCUCAUGGCGAUGGCGGACUUGGCUGGUCGGGAUUUUGCGGCGGAGCGGGGGGCGACGCAGGUGGUAAUCAAGAACGAGGAAGGGGGGCCAAGUGCGCGCGAGCUCGAGCAGCAGCGAUUGGCUGAGGAGGAGCUGAACCGCGCGAGUCUCAAGAUUCCGCGGCGGCCCCCCUGGCAUGCGGAGAUGCCGGUCGAGGAACUGGAGAGGAACGAGCGGGCUGCGUUCCUGGAGUGGCGGAGGGGGCUGGCGAGGCUGGAGGAAAACGAGAAGUUGGUGAUUACGCCGUUCGAGAAGAACCUGGACAUUUGGCGACAGCUGUGGCGGGUGGUCGAGCGCAGCGAUCUGGUUGUGACGGUCGUCGACGCGCGCAACCCCCUCUUCUACCGCUGCGAAGAUCUCGAAGACUUUGUACAUGAGGUGUCCCCCCACAAGCGCACCAUGCUGCUGCUCAACAAAGCAGACCUCCUUCCCGACGUCGUCCGCCGCUCGUGGGCCCGCUAUCUCAAGAGCCAAAACAUCGCUUUCCUCUUUUGGUCUGCCAAGCGGGCGACGUCCAUUCUCGAGGGGAAGAUCGCGCUCGAGGAGCUGGGCAGCGUAAACGUAGAAGAAGAGAUCAGGGUCUGGGGGCGGGACGAGUUGCUGAGUCGGGUGGAAGCGGAGGCCGAGGCAGUGGUAGCGAAACGAGAGGCUGCCGGCGGGGCAGAAAGCACGGCCGCGAGAGGGGGCGGCGAGAAACAUCAGGGGGGGGUUCACGCGGGGCACAGGAAGCAGGAGGGGGAUCCCUCCGAGGGAGCCGCACACGCGCCGCGGGUGGUCGUCGGGUUCGUCGGAUACCCGAACGUGGGAAAGAGUUCGACGAUCAACGCGCUCGUGGGGGAGAAGAAAACGGGCGUGACGUCGACCCCCGGGAAGACGAAGCACUUCCAGACGCUCCUGUUACGGGACCACCCCCGGCUGAUGCUGUGCGAUUGCCCCGGACUCGUGUUCCCCUCGUUCAGCGCGUCGAAAUCAGAGAUGGUCGCGGCUGGGGUGCUGCCGAUCGACCGGUUGACCGACAACCGGUCGCCCGUGCAGAUCGUGGCGGAGCGCGUCCCGAGGGCCUUGUUGGAGGAGGCGCUGGGCAUAACGCUGCCCGCGCCGGCGGAGCACGAGGCCCCUGACAGGGCCCCGACGGCCGCGGAGCUGCUGCGCUCGUUCUGCCGGUCCAGGGGGUACGUUGGGGCGAGCGGGCUGCCGGACGAGACGAAGGCGGCGCGCAUGCUGCUGAAGGAUUACGUGGACGGGAAGUUGCUGCACUGCGCGCUGCCACCUGGCGAGCUGGCAUCGGACCGCCCCCGGGGGGUGGCACCAGUUGCCAUGGUGAGGGUCGGGGGGGGAGCGAUUAUUGGAAGCGAGCGGUUCGAUGCGGAGGAGGGGGAAGA